CAAAGACAUCAAUUGAUGUUCUCAAAACCCCGAAGUGAGCGUAUGUUGAAUUCUCACACCUGGUCCUCAAUUUGAUGUUUAUAUCCCGAUUGCUACCCCCGAGGAUAUUUAAAGCAUCCAUUCACCUUGUCUUCAACGCGAAAGCUCUCCCUCUGUCACCAAAGAUCCGCAUGAACACCAUCGCAACCUCUUCAAACUUCAAAAUGCCACCCAAGAAAGCAGCAACAAACGGCAAGCGCAAAGCCUCAUCGCCCGCAGAGCCUGCACCAAAGAAAUCUAAGAUCAGCAAUGGCUCCUCCGAUCCCUUACGCCGACCUCACGAGUCCGCCCAAGAAGCAGAAGACAAUGGCAUUGUCCUCCGCGAGUUCUACCCCCACGAGAUGUCCAAUGCGCGCGCAGCAGCAUACAACAACGACGAACUGCCUCGGCCGAUCGAACUGCUCAAUGAUGCACUGUCAGAGACCAAAUCGGACAGAGAGAAAAUAGAGGUCAAGGAUGCGGUGGUACAUUGGUUUAAAUGCGAUUUGAGGACGAAGGAUAAUAAGAGCUUGCAUUUGGCUAGCGAGAAGGCGAAAGAGAAGGGAGUGCCGCUGAUUGCGAUUUAUAUUGUUAGUCCGCAGGAUUUCCAGGCGCAUUUGACGGCGCCGGUGAGGGUGGACUUCAUUUUGCGGACGCUGGAGGUGCUGAAGGAGGAUUUGGCGAAGCUGGAUAUCCCGCUGUAUGUUGAGACUGUGGAGAAGAGGAGGAAUAUUCAAACGAGAAUAUUAGAGUUACUAGAGGAAUGGGGUGCGAGCCACUUGUUUGCGAAUGUUGAGUAUGAGGUCGAUGAAUUGAGACGAGAGGCAAGGAUGGUGAGAGCGUGUCUGGAGAAGGGUAUCGCUAUGGAUGUUGUGCCAGAUACGUGUGUGGUCAGUCCUGGCGAACUCUCAAGUGGAACUGGCAAGCAAUACUCGGUCUACUCUCCAUGGUAUCGCGCCUGGGUGGCAUAUGUCCACAACGAUCCCACAGUUCUGGAUCUUGUCGAUGCGCCAAGCAAGAAUCCUGCAAGCGCCAGGGAGAAGUUCAAAAAGCUUUUCGAGAGCUCCAUACCUGACGCGCCAGCCAACAAGAAACUGACGGAUGAAGAGAAGAAACGAUUCAGGUCAAUGUGGCCAGCUGGAGAAGAGGAAGCUCAUGAACGACUUACCAAGUUCUGCGAUGAGCGUAUUGCAAAGUACGGAGACAAGAGGAACUUCCCUUCUCUAGGCGCAACCUCGUCAUUAAGUGUCCAUUUCGCCAGCGGCACCCUCAGUGCCAGAACUGCCAUCCGCACAGCCCGCGACUACAAUACGAGCAAAAAACUCGACGCCGGAAACAGUGGCAUCCAAACUUGGAUCAGCGAAGUAGCCUGGCGCGAUUUCUACAAACACGUCCUCGCACACUGGCCAUACGUCUGUAUGAACAAACCAUUCAAACCAGAAUACACAAACAUUACCUGGGAGUACAACCAAGAACAAUUCAAAGCAUGGUGCGAAGGCAAGACUGGGUAUCCUAUUGUUGAUGCAGCGAUGCGCCAGUUGAAUCAUUGCGGAUACAUGCACAAUCGCUGCCGUAUGAUCGUCGGAUCUUUCCUCGCCAAACAUCUCCUCCUUGACUGGCGGAUGGGCGAACGCUACUUCAUGGAACAUCUCAUUGAUGGAGAUUUCGCUUCCAACAAUGGCGGAUGGGGAUUCAGUGCUUCGACAGGCGUCGAUCCACAGCCUUAUUUCCGUAUUUUCAACCCGCUCCUCCAAAGCGAGAAGUUUGAUGCCGAUGGUGAAUAUAUUCGGAAAUGGGUUGAGGAGUUGGAGGGUGUGAAGGGGAAGGCGAUUCAUGAUCCUUAUGGGAGGGGUGAGGGCAGUAAGGCGAAGAAAAUGGGAUAUCCGGAGAGGAUUGUUGAUCAUAAGGAGUGUAGGGAGAGGGCUUUGGCGAGGUAUAAGGAGGGUUUGGGGAGGGACACUGCUUGAAGUUAUUAUGUAUUUUAAUCGUACGGGUACGAGCUGUUAAACUAGGGAAAUUAAAUCGUUG